AUGGCAAGCUAUUUCUCCAACCACUCCGCCUCUAGAUUUCUUGCAAAUAGUACAACAACGCCCGCAACGACAUCCACCGCCCUCUCGCCCUCCAACUCUUCUGCACAACCCACUGCACCCGCCACAACGCCCUCCAGACAGCGUAUCCCAAGCUCAAAGCAUUUCUCCACCAGCGUAAACGUCUCCCAGCCAGUUGCUUCAAAGGAUCCUACAUCCUCUUCCACCACAUCCUCUGCUUCUGCAUCACAGGUCCAUCCACUACGAAACACUUGGGUAUUUUGGUUUAGACAACAACGCGCACCCGGAAACAAAAUCAUUAGCUACGAAGAAGGGAUAAAAAAGAUCGCGGCUUUUAGUUCUGUCGAAUCGUUCUGGUCCUUGUGGACCCAUCUGACGCCUCCAUCAUCCCUGCAACCCACUACAGACUAUCUUCUUUUCCAUGCAGGUAUACGCCGACCUGUGUGGGAGGACCCACUGAAUAUUACUGGCGGAAAAUGGAUCAUACGCCUCAAAAAGGGCAUUGCCGAUCGUUUCUGGGAGGAUCUUGUGUUAGCAAUAAUUGGUGACCAAUUCGACAAUUGCCGCAGCAAAGUGGAGGACAGUCCCAAGGGGAAAUCAGGCGUCUCCGCCACCGGAAAAUCUGAGGAUGGCAGCGAAGGAGGGAGCGAGUGGCCGGAAAUCUGUGGGUGCACGCUUAGUGUAAGGCAAAGUGAGGAUAUCGUCACAGUGUGGAACAGAGUGGAUGGCGACCCUAAGCUGAGAGAGCAAAUUCGUGAUACUCUGCGGAAGGUUCUGAACCUUCCACCAUCAACCAUAAUGGAAUACAAAUCUAAUAAUGACUCGAUGCAAGACAAGUCAAGUUUCCGGAGAACAGCGAUCGACAAGACGCCAAUGUCCCCAGCAUCUUGA